AUGUCAAAAAAUAAGAAAGAUUUUGCACCAUUUGUAGAAGACAAUAUUCAAUUUGAACAUUACCUGUAUACACUGAAGAAACCAGGCACAUAUGCGGGAAAUGAUGCCAUAGCUGCCUUUGCCCGCCUUCAUCAGGUGCACAUUGUUAUUCACCAACUAAAUUCACCAUUCCUGCUGAUCCAAGGCACAAAAGAUCCUACUACAGCUCAACUGCACAUUGCCUACCAUAAUGGGGACCAUUAUUCCAGCCUUCGUUGGCUUCAUGACAACACAGAAUCACCUGCGGACAUUAGACUCAAGAUUUUUAGCGAUGAUAAGAACAAACACAGCAAGACCAAAAUCUCCUCCAAAGCUAAUUAUCGGGAUGAGAAAUCUGGAAUAGCUCGUGCAGUAAGGGAUGUCAAAUCAAUUGAACAAGAGGUGAUAGGAGCAACUGGUUGUCAGGACCGGGAAAUAAUCCAGAAAUGUUUGAUAGAGAAUGAGUAUGAUGUUGAUGCCACCAUUGCUGACCUUCUACAGUUACUGAAAAUUUCUCGACACGAAGAAAAGUCAAAUUCUGGAAAGAAGUCUUCCCAAGGAAAAUCUUCAGAAUCUGGCCUGUGGACCGAAAAAGCGGAAGCAACAGUGGUGCAAGACCCAAACUUUUUAUUCCACGGGAUUCGAACCUGCAUCCUAUACGGAACCGGUGGCAUUAGUGAAAUCUAUCUAUCUAUCUAUCAAUCAAAAGGUGGAGGGGUAGAUGAAAGCAAAUAA